AUGCCAAAUUGUCAGCCUAAAUGGAUCCUCCCAUUAGCUUUUGGCUCCAUUUUCCCCUUAUUUUUACUCUGUUUUACAACCAUAGCCUUUUUUAAUGGCGUCCCAUUACUUUUCUUGUACCGUUCCUCCUACCAUUUCGUGGAGAACCAACUGAAACCCAUCCCCGUCUCGACUCACAUCACUAUCUCCACUCCGCCUUCACCUCCCCGCUUCGCCUACCUCAUUUCCGGCUCCGCAGGCAAUGGUAAGAUGCUGAGAAGGAUGCUUUUAGCCAUUUACCAUCCCUUGAAUCAGUACAUAGUUCAUCUUGACCGGAAAGCUAGCCCUGCAGAGAGGCAGACUGUUGAGCAGUUUGUGACAGAUUAUAAAGUGUUUAAAGAAGUUGGGAACGUUAGGAUGAUUACGAAAGCUAAUUUGGUUACUUAUAGAGGAUGUACAAUGGUUGCUAAUACGCUCCAUGCUGCUGCAAUCAUGUUGAGAGAAGGUGGAAACUGGGAUUGGUUUAUUAAUCUUAGUGCUUCUGAUUACCCCCUUGUUACCCAAGAUGAUCUUUUACACAUAUUUUCAUACGUACCAAGGGAUUUGAAUUUCAUUGAUCAUACAAGCAAAAUGGGGUGGAAAGCGGGUCAAAGGGCUAAGCCAGUUAUAAUAGAUCCAGCAGUGUAUAAUUCGAAAAAAGCUGAAGUGUUUUGGAUAACUCAGAGGAGAAGUAUCCCUACUGCAUUCAAACUCUUUACAGGUUCGGCAUGGAUGGCACUUUCUCGCCCUUUUGUGGACUACUGCAUUUGGGGAUGGGACAACCUCCCUCGAAAAGUCCUCAUGUACUAUACCAACUUCCUAUCAUCUCCAGAAGGUUACUUCCACACUGUCAUUUGUAAUGCAAAAGCUUUCAGCAACACUACAGUAAACAAUGAUCUUCAUUUUAUAUUAUGGGAUAACCCACCUAAGCAGCAUCCUCGUCGCCUCACGCUGUCUCACAUGCAACGGAUGCUCAACAGCAAUGCCCCUUUUGCCAGGAAAUUCCAUCAGAACAGCCGAGUGCUGGACAAAAUCGACACUGACCUCUUAUCUCGGGGCAAAGAAAUGUUUACUCCUGGUGGUUGGUGUGUAGGAAGUGGGGAAAACGGGACUGAUCCGUGUUCAGUUGUUGGUACUCCAACAGUCCUCAGACCUGGCCCCGGCGCCAAAAGGUUGCAAACUUUGAUCAAUUCUCUUCUAUCCAAUGACAAUUUUCGACUGCGACAAUGUAAAUAAUACUCAAGGAAAGCUGCUAUGGGAUGGGAGGCACUCUUCUUGCUAACUGGGAUUUAAUAUCAGAUGAUGCAGUCCAGCAUCCGGUGUUGCUUCCGAUACAAGUUGGAAAGAAGAGUGAAUUGAUCAAAGUUUGAAUACUAGUAAAA